AUGUCUGACCUUGAUACUAUAGUCGGCAAAACAUCUUUGAUCACGCGAUUCAUGUACGACUCGUUCGAUAAUACUUACCAAGCAACUAUCGGAAUCGACUUUUUGUCCAAGGUAUACUCUAUACUCGCACCGAUACCCAUGACGCUAUCUGGCAGCACCCCCGCUUGCUUUUGUGUCGCCCUCCAUUUGCAACCUGUUCAUAUUGAGCUAAUAUUCGGUUUUGCGCAUCAGACCAUGUACUUGGAGGAUCGAACUGUCCGACUUCAGCUUUGGGACACAGCCGGCCAGGAGCGAUUCCGAUCUCUGAUUCCUUCAUACAUUCGAGACUCUAGCGUGGCGGUGGUUGUAUACGACAUCUCAAAUGCCAAAUCAUUCCAGAAUACUCGGAAAUGGAUCGACGAUGUUCGAGGAGAGCGCGGUAAUGACGUGAUCAUUGUCCUAGUAGGCAACAAGACGGAUUUGAACGAUAAGCGGGAAGUUACCACGGCGCAAGGCGAGGAGGAAGCGAAGAAGAACGGAUUGAUGUUCAUCGAGACCAGUGCCAAGGUCGGCCAUAACGUGAAGCAGCUGUUCAGGAGGAUAGCGCAGGCCCUUCCUGGAAUGGAAGGUGAAGCAAACAGAGAGUCUCAAAUGAUCGAUGUCAACAUCAGCCCCAAAGAAACGACAAGCAACGAUGGAUGCGCUUGCUGA